UCAUUACCAGCGCAGCGCAACCCGCUUCUCAUCGACGAUGUGCCUCCGUAUUCCGAGCUCGUGUCGCGCCGCCGUCUCGGCCAGACCAAGCUGACUCCUAAGAUGGUCGGCAGCGAAGAGGCCGACUCGGGCGCGCUGGGCUUCUUUGACUACGCCCAUCUGCGCGCGCCGCUGCCCAAGGGCAUUGUGUCGGGCAUCUUCAAGUCCAGCCCCAACAGCUACUUCCUGAUGCGCCGCAGCUUUGACGGAUACAUCUCCGCCACCGGCAUGUUCAAGGCCACGUUUCCCUACGCCACGGCCGCGGAGGAAGAGACGGAGCGUAAAUACAUCAAGGCCCAGGCGACGACGAGCCCCGAGGAGACUGCCGGCAACAUCUGGAUCCCCCCGGAAGCUGCUCUCACCCUCGCGGAAGAGUACAACAUUGGCAUCUGGAUCCAGGCCCUGCUCGACGCGGCCAAGAUUUCCACCACCCAGCCCGCUGAUGCCUCGCCCAAGACCAUUACUGCACCGCCCAAGUUCGAUCGUCUAAAGGCGCCUGCGCAGCUUAUUUCUCCCACUCCGACCACGCGAAGCGGUCGUAGCCGUCGGUCGGCCAGCCCAACAAAGACCACGACUACCCGACGCUCAACUGCGUCUCCUCGAAAGCGCUCCUCCAGGCAAAAGGCUACGCCUGUUGAGACAACACCAAUUCCAGAAGUGAUCGCGGGUGAGGUUGUAGAAGAGACGGAAGAAGCGGUUUUGAAGUCGACAGAGUUUGAGCCGGCCUUGGCCAAGGCCGAGAUUGCCGAUGCCUCUGCUCAGCUCCCCUUCACGGCAGGCCAGCCCCCCAGCGCAGAUGAGAUUGCACAGAUGAUGGCCACCGCCAAGGCGAUGGUGCAGGAAGAUAAGGAUCUGGCGGCCAAGGCUGAUGAAGCUGCUAAGGAAGCGGCUGCUCAGACCAAGGCUCUCUCAAAGAGCAAGCGGAAGGCUACCGACACUGGCGAAGAGGACGGAGCUGCCGAAGGAGACGACAAGGCUGGAGACGCUCCCCGAUCAAAGAAAAUCAAGACCGAGGUCGAGGUUCGCAAGGGCAGGAUACAGAAGAGGGCCCUGUUUGGCAUUGGCGCCACAGUAGCAGUUGGCGCGCUUGUGCCUUGGCUUGCAAACUUCCUAUAAAACAACGGAAAGAAAUGUGGCCAUGUGUUUUUGUGUCCUGUGAAAUCUGACUCUGAAAGAACGAUAAAUUGAUCUUUAUGGCGGCUGAAUGAGGAUGGGAACGGCGCGGUUUUGGUUUUUUCUUUUAUAACGUUUUUGUUCCUUUUUUUUUUUACCUGUCAUCCUUUAAUCUGUCUGUGAUUAUCUUUUUUUUUU